CAAAACUUUACAAUAAUGUUGGAGAUUUUGAACAAAAUUAAAACGUCACUAGCGCAGUCGUGACUGGUCAACAAGUUCGUUAACCAUUUUGUUGGUUUUAUAUUUUUAUUUCAACGUGUAGUCUAUGAUUUGUAUGUAAACAUGGGUUGAGUUUAGUUCUUUUAUUAUUUAAAAGGUUAGGAUAACCUUAUUUGUGUAUGGUCUUUAUUUGUAAGAGUUUGUGUUCAGUGUUUAGAAUGAUAUCUUGGGUGUUAAGAAAACAAAUGUUAAGACUAUUUUACUGCGUGCAGCUCUUUACUAAGCAAGUUAAAGCUAAUAUUGUAGUACGUCCUACAAUAUUUGGUUAGUGUGUUAUAAGUCACAGAGAAAUUUAAAUGGAUCCCAAGGCCCAGUUGAAGGUAGCACGUAAUUCAAGAAAACAAGCCUACUUUUAUUUGAAGAAGGGGAAGUUUGGGAGAGCUUUCUCUCACUUGCUGGUCACUUUGAAAUUGGCUCCAAACUUGAAACCAGAACUGAAGGAACUAUUUUCAUCCACAUUAUGUACGUGGGGUAAAAGCCUUGAGAACAGUGGGCGGUACAAUGACCUAUUCAACUGUUAUGAGCAAGCGCUAGAAGUGUUCCCAGGCCAUGAAGUCUUGCUGAGCAAUCUUGGAGGCCACCUCUACAGGCUGGGCCACCUCCGGGAAGCGUGUUGCUACUUCCGCCAAGCACGCGUCGCGAACCCCAGCUACCUGCCGGCCAUCUCGAACCUGUACAACUGCUGCAACCUGGCGGUGGAACGCUGGCACUACCGGAUGCUCAACGACGGUUGCCGCAACGAAACUUAUCGUUCCGCCAUCGUUAAAGCACUGAGAGGGGGGGAUAAAGUGGUCCUCGACAUUGGCUGUGGAACUGGAAUACUCAGCCUGUUUGCGGUGGAAGGGGACGCCAGCAAGGUGUACGCAUGUGAUGGCUCCGACACCAUGAUACAGAUAGCAACACAGGUGGUGGAGAGCAACAAUGCUUCGUCCAAAGUGAAACUGAUCAACAAGCUUUCCCAUGAUCUGCAAAUACCUAGUGAUAUACCUUCCAGGGUGUCACUAGUGGUGACGGAGAUCUUCGACGCGGGGCUGCUCGGGGAGCGCGUCCUGCAGACCAUCCUGCACGCGUGGGACAGCCUGCUGGCCCCCGACGGCGAGGUGCUGCCCCGCGGGGCAGUGCUGUGGGCUUGCGCCGUCGAGUGCCCGCGCUUGGCCGCGAGGCAGUACCUGAGCGAGUCCGCGAGGGGCCUGCUGGGGCGUGCGGCACACGUCGCCUGCGAGCAGGACGAGCCUUACGGCUGCGAGGACCUAGCGUCGCUGCCGGGUGGCUUCAGGUACCUGACAAGCCCGGUUGUCGCGUGCGCGGUGAACUUCAAUGACCCGGAGGAAGUGAGGUGCCUGCUGCAAGGCGACUCGGAUCGUGACGUGGACGCGCAGUGCAUGGAGACGGGCGUUGCGCACGCGGUGGUUGCAUGGUUCACCCUGAGCUUGGGGGAUGAGGAGCUGACCACCCGCCCCUUGACGGAGCGUCGGGCAGAGUGCUGGGACCAGGCCGUGUUUCCUCUCCCGGCCGCCCGCGGGCUGUCCUCCGGACAGCGGGUGACCCUCCGAGUGCGCUGCAGAGGGGGCAGACUGUCCGUGGGCAUCGUCGGUGCGAGCGACGCCGGACCGCGUAGCUGUGGCAAGGAUGGCUCCGUCGAGCGCGGGGCAGAAACGGACGGGUUGCGGAAGGAACUGGAAAGCUUGCAGCUGAAGGCGUCCUCCGAACCUACGCCGGUCGUGGUGGUCCCGCAGGAGGUGGUGAGUUUCUUGAACGACGAGCAGAUGACAGGUUGCUUGCGCCAGGUGGCAGAGACACUGUGCGCUGCCGAGACCAGGGACGGCCUGAGCGUUCUGGACCUGAGUCCGUUCCCGCUGCUGGGGACGCUGCUUGCCGGCCGGCUGCCUCGGGCGGAGGUGUGGUGCACCGCCCAGUGCGAAGCCCUGGUGCACGCGGUUGCGGGCGAGAGGCUGCACUGCGUGGCCCAGACCCAGCUGGACUCGCUGCUCAGCUCCGGAACUCUGCAGUUCGACGUGAUACUGGUGCAUGUCCUGGAUCCUAGCGGCAAGCUGAAGGAGGCUGCAGUCUCUCAGUUGCCCUUAGUUAGAAAAUGUUUGAAAAAAGAUGGUCUUUUCAUCCCAAGAAGAUUAACUGUUCAUGGAAAAUUGGUUUGUUCUGAUUGGUUGGAUAAAAUGUCACGAGUGUUAAGUGAUAACCUAACUUGUGGGAAAAAAGUCUCACAGUUCAUCAAUAUGUAUGCUGUGCCGGAGCAUCGCGACUUCCACCUCUCUGCCGUCCACCACGUAGCGUACAGCGACCCGGCAGAGCUGCUGCACGUGGAGCUGGCGGAGCCGCCCGGGCGCAGGGCGGGGGCCACCGCCCACGUCCCCCUGACCCGCACGGGCCACGUCACGGCACUGCCCUACUGGUACAGCCUCACCCUGCUGGAGGGCCUGCGCGUCUCCACGCUGCGCGACGACUCCCACGUCCGGCAGGCCGCCGUCGUCCUGCACCCCCACCUGAAGGUGCGCCAGGGACAGGGCGUGCAAGUGAGGACCUCGCUGGACGAUGGCUUCCUGAGCAUCCACGUCUCCCGGCCCCAACUGGAACAUGACGACGACGACGACGACGACGACGAUGAUGCUGCCUGAGAUCGUCAAUCACAGCUUUGUGUUCUAUACUCGUGUAUAUAUGACCCUUGUAAUUAUUUCUUCUGUGCAACUACCUCUUUGUGCGAGACACUAGAAUAAAUUGAUUGACACAUACAAGUGUUAAAGAGUUGAAACAAAA